CACAGCUGAUCACGUGAUGUGGUAAAAGGCCAAUCACAGCGGCCUUUUACCACUUGAUCAGCGGUGAUCACGCUGAUCAGAGGGAAAUGCAAGUGCCGCGAGGAUCGGCACCGAUCAUCAGGGCACUGAUGAUCAGUGCCCUGAUGAUCGGUGCCCAGCAGUGCCACCCGCAAGUUCCGCCCACCUGUGCCCAGCAGUGCGCCCACUAGCUCCGCCCACCUGUGCCCAGCAGAUCACCCACCUGUGCCCAGCAGUGCACCCACCUGUGCCACUCUGCAGUGUCACACACCUGUGCCCAGA